GGUGCGCUGUGUCCCUCGGACACAGCAGAUCACCGAUCCACAGAAACAGCCGAAGAUGUCAGCUCGGUCAUGUGAUCAGCUGUGUCCAAUCACAGCUGAUCACAUCAGCCCCACCUGUCAGUGUCCAUCAGUGCCAGCUCUCAGUACUCAUCCAUGCCACCUGCCAGUGCCCAUCAGUGCCACAUCAAUGCCACAUAUCAGUUCCCAUCUGAUAUGCCUUUCAAUGCCACCCAUCAGUGCCAGUCAGUGCCACCUAUCAAUGCCAGUCAGUGCCGUCUAUUAGUGUGCAUCAGUGCCGCCUAUCAGUGCUGCCUUUCAGUGCCCAUCAGUGAUGCCUGUCAAUGCCACCUACCAGUCUCCAUCAGUGCCCAUCACUGCAGCCAUAUUAGCGCACAUCAGUGAAG